GGUGUAGAAGCAUUUGUUCUCAAUAUCGCGAAGUACCGAAUCAAGAAGCCCAUUAUUUUCGCUCCGCUUCCUCUUGCGCUUCUGUAUCGCACCGUCUUUCACCAAGACACAGAUCGAAUCAUCGAACCAACAACAACAACGUUCAUCUCUCUUCUUUCUCUCUGUCAUCCCAAGCCAAGAGACAGAGUUGUGAGUUGUUGAUCGAAAGAAAUGUUUAGAUUCUUGAAAGGCGUCGUCGCCGGAUCUGGUUCGGGACCUAAAGAUCUACCCUACAACAUCGGAGAACCUUACUCCUCCGGCUGGGGCUCUUGGACUCACCAUCGCGGCACCUCCAAGGAUGACGGGUCUUUGGUGUCAAUAUUUUCUCUUUCAGGAAGUAAUGCCAAUGAUGGACAUUUAGCUGCUGGUCGUAAUGGCGUCAAGCGUCUUCGAACGGUGAGACAUCCAAAUAUUUUAUCAUUUCUUUACAGCACAGAGGUUGAAACUUCUGAUGGAACCUCUACAAAGGUCACUAUCUAUAUUGUCACCGAGCCUGUUUUGCCACUGUCAGAAAAGAUCAAGGAAUUAGGAUUGGAAGGAACACAAAGGGAUGAGUACUAUGCAUGGGGACUGAGCCGCAUAGCUAAAGCAGUGAGCUUUUUAAAUAAUGACUGUAAACUUGUUCAUGGUAACGUUUGCAUGGCCAGUGUUGUUGUUACUCAAACUUUGGACUGGAAGCUCCACGCUUUUGAUGUUCUGUCUGAGUUUGAUGGGAAUAAUGAAGCAUCUACAGGACCAAUGCUGCAAUAUGAAUGGCUUAUUGGUUCACAAUACAAACCGACGGAAUUGUUAAAGUCUGACUGGGCAGUCAUCAGAAAAUCUCCACCUUGGGCUAUUGAUUCUUGGGGUUUGGGCUGUCUAAUUUAUGAACUUUUCUCUGGUAUGAAACUGAGCAAGACCGAGGAGCUGCGUAACACCGCUUCCAUACCAAAGUCUCUACUUCCAGAUUAUCAGCGGCUCUUGAGUUCCAUGCCGGCUCGCAGGAUGAACUCAUCUAAACUUAUAGAAAAUAGCGAAUAUUUCCAAAAUAAGUUGGUGGAUACCAUACAUUUUAUGGAAAUUCUUAACUUGAAGGACAGCGUUGAGAAGGAUACAUUCUUCCGGAAGCUCCCCAAUCUAGCAGAGCAGCUUCCGAGGCAAAUUGUGCUGAAAAAGUUACUUCCUUUAUUAGCUUCCGCCUUAGAAUUUGGUUCUGCUGCUGCCCCUGCAUUAACUGCACUUUUGAAGAUGGGUUCUUGGCUCCCACCUGAAGAAUUUAGCGCCAAGAUACUACCAACAGUUGUUAAACUUUUUGCCUCCAAUGACCGGGCUAUUCGAGUUGGUCUCCUGCAGCAUGUUGAUCAAUUUGGAGAGUCACUGUCAGCCCAAAUUGUUGAUGAGCAAGUUUACCCUCAUGUUGCUACAGGGUUCUCUGAUACUUCUGCAUUUCUUCGGGAAUUGACGCUCAAGUCCAUGCUUAUUCUAGCUCCUAAGCUCUCUCAACGCACUAUGGCAGGAUCUUUGUUGAAGUAUCUUUCAAAGCUUCAGGUUGAUGAAGAACCAGCAAUUAGAACGAACACCACUAUACUACUUGGGAAUAUCGCCACUCACCUUAAUGAAGGGACACGGAAAAGAGUUUUGAUAAAUGCAUUUACAGUUCGUGCUUUGCGUGAUACAUUUUCUCCUGCACGAGGAGCUGGUGUUAUGGCUUUAUGUGCCACCAGUUCCUAUUAUGACAUCACUGAAAUUGCAACUCGGAUUCUGCCAAACGUUGUUGUGCUUACCAUUGAUCCUGACAGUGAUGUUCGAUCAAAGUCAUUUCAAGCAGUUGACCAGUUUUUGCAAAUAGUGAAGCAGUACCAUGAGAAGAAAAAUGCCGGGGAUACCACUGGUGAUUCAAGCAUUGGAAUUCCAUCAAUGCCAGGAAAUACAAGUUUACUUGGAUGGGCCAUGAGUUCCUUGACCCUUAAAGGCAAGCCUUCUGAACAAACUCCACUUUCUUCGGCAAAUUCCACCACACCUCUUACUUCUGAUGUUGACAAUGCCAGAUUGGUGACAGACGGUGCAAGUACAACGCUAGUCAAGGUAAGUUCUAGCACAGAUAUAGCUGAUCAACCAGCUCCUGUGUCGCCUACAUCAACUGAUGGUUGGGGAGAACUUGAAAAUGGACUUCAUGAAGAGCAUGAAAGUGACAAAGAUGGGUGGGAUGAUAUUGAGCCACUUGAGGAGCCAAAGCCAUCUCCAGCUCUUACAAACAUCCAAGCAGCACAAAAGCGGCCUGUCUCACAUCCGAAGCCACAAGUUGCGAGUUUGCGACCAAAAAAUACAAUGAAUGUGACCAAAGAUGAGGAUGAUGAUUUGUGGGGGUCCAUUGCUGCUUCUGCUCCAAAAUCAACAUCAAAACCUUUGAACGUAAAAAAAGCAGGAACACUUGAUGAUGACGACCCCUGGGCUGCCAUUGCGGCUCCUCCACCUACCACCAGGGCCAAGCCGUUAUCAGCUGGGCGAGGCCGAGGUUCAAAACCUGCUGGUCAAAGAUUGGGUGCUCAAAGGAUAAACCGGACCUCCUCUUCUGGGAUGUAAAUACAGGGGAAAGGGAAAGAAAAAAAGAAAAGAAAAGAUAGAUGAUGGUGAAAGGAAUGGGUUAAGAUUAAGAUGAGUUGUGUAAUUUUUUUUUUUACUUUUGAAUUUUAUUGUAGCUGUGUUCAUAUCAAAAUAUAAUGCAUUUAUGUCAUCACAAUGAGGUGUAUUUGUACUUUUAUCCAACAUUACAUUUGAUUUGUAAUAUUAUUUUUUCCAAAUAUUAAUUUUCAUAUUCUUGAAAUAUCAAUAUUCUUUCUCUCAA